AUGUCAAGUCUCCAUGUUAUUGUCGUUGGCGCCGGAAUCUGUGGGCUCUCGGCUGCAACCGCUCUUCGCCCCCAUCAUCGUGUCACCAUCCUUGAGCGCUCGUCGUUGAACGAAGAAAUUGGCGCUGCGAUUACUUCUAAUCCUCCGUGUACCCGAGUCCUUGAGAGCUGGGGCUUCUCCUUCAAAGAAAUCAGUAGUCCCGUUCACAGAGGGAUCAAACAAUACACACCGGAUGGGCAGAUCCUCCGGAUGAUGGAGAAUAAGCAGUAUCAACACGGAUAUUAUCUGAACCAUCGCAUUGAUGUCCAUCGGCAGUUAAAAAAGCUCGCGCUUGACCCUGACCGGCCUGGUGCGCCCGCAGAUAUACGAUUGGGUGUUCGCAUCCGCGCCAUCGACUGCGAGAGCGCCACUGUUACCCUCGAAUCCGGGGAGGAGUUCCACGGCGACGUCAUACUGGGCUGCGACGGUCUCAAAUCAUUCGUCCGAUCCUGUAUACUUGGCGACACAAAAUACCGCGCCGAGCCUUCUGGCCUCUCGGCAUACCGUUUCCUGUUAAACAGCAAGCCGAUCCUAGCAGACCCCGAAAUAGCUCCAUUCGUCACCGACAGCUGCAUCUCUCUCGUGCGCGAGAACGACAGAACUUUUGUCUGUUAUCCUUGCCGCGGCCUGACAGAGCUCAACUGCGUUGUCGUCGUACCCGAUCUCAUCGGGAACGCCACGGAAAGCUGGAGGCAAGAAGGAGAUCUGAAUGAAAUGAAGGACUCCGUCAAGAAUUGGGCGCCGAAAUUCCACAAGUUGCUGGAUCUCGCGGACAGUUGUAAGCUGUGGCAGCUGCGGGACCAGGAUCCCCUGCCGUACUGGACGCGAGGCAAGGCGAUCGUGCUGGGCGAUGCCGCCCAUCCCAUGAUGCCCCGUAAGGCUUCCUUGAUUGCGUUCCUAGCUCGGACUCGAUCUCUGACGAGAGAGAGAAUAGAUCAAGGGUCUGGUGCGUCCAUGGCCGUGGAGGAUGUCGAAGCUUUGACGUACGUCCUCGGACCUACAUCUCCAUACAAAGAUUAUAGCUUGGAGGACAAGCUGAAGAUCGUGGAGAAGAUACGAUACGUCCGCGCGAGUAUCGUUCAGCUCCACUCAAGAGCCAUUGCGGGUGACGGACGGGGAGGCGGUGAGGCGCACAAGAUGGAUCCGACUAGGUUCUUCCGAUAUGUCUUCGAAUACGAAGGACCCCAAUCAGUAUCCGUCCUAUCAGACGAGGAAUAUGAACUCGCGAAAGCUACUCAAAUACCGAAGGUGAAGCAUAAAACGGUGGCAACCGGUGCAUGA